AUGGCUGACUUGAACAGUGGGACCAUCAUCGAUUCAACACCAGCCAUUGUGAAGCACUGGCAGAAGAUCGGAAAGGAAAUCGGUGUCGACCCUGAGGUGAUUCUUGCUACGUCACACGGCAGACGCUCGAUCGAUGUUCUCCAGAUAUACGAACCAAAGCUGGCCAAUUGGGAGUACAUCAGCCACGCUGAAGGCCGGAUACCCAUUGAAUACGGAUCAGACGCUGUGGAGAUUCUCGGUUCUCGCGCCAUGCUGGAUCGACUCGAAGAGCAGUCUGCUCCAUGGGCGAUAGUCACCUCUGGCACAAGACCGCUGGUUACUGGUUGGCUGGAUGUCAUGAAGUUGGCGCAUCCUAAGAACAUCGUCACCGCCGAAGACGUGCCGAAUGGUAAACCAGACCCGGCGUGCUACGAGAUGGGCGCGAAGAAGUUGCUUCUCCAGCAGCAGAACCCGUCUAUUGUCGUCUUCGAAGAUGCUCCAGCCGGUGUCCGAUCAGGCAAAGCGGCUGGCUUUACUGUCAUCGCGCUUCACACUACACAUUCUUUGGAACAGCUCAUAGAAGCCGGGGCUGACUAUAUUGUCAAAGACAUGCGAGACGUGAGUCUGGAGUUUUGGGAUCAGACCACGGGCAGCGGAAGGCUCGAAAUUACCAACGCCCUGGUGUAG